AUGCCACGCGCUAAGCUGACUAAAUUGACGACGUUUGCCAUCCUAUUGAGUAGCAGCUAUGCUGGAAUUUUGCACGGAAACAGCCACCCUGAAUUAAGCCACGGCAUUGGAGCGGAGUCAGCCGUUGGCCUCUCCGCACCUAGUUCCAUUGGAUCUUCAAGUUACGAACCAAGCUCGUUCCCAGUUGGAUCUCUACCAUCUGCUUCGUAUUCCGGACACGGUGCCUCGUAUUCCGGACACGGUGCUUCGUAUUCCGGACACGGUGCUUCGUAUUCCGGACAAGGGCUCAUCAGUGGGGGUUUCUCAUCAGGAAGUUUAAGCUCCAAUGUCGGACUCGGAUUCGGGGGUCAAGCUCCUCCCCCAGGACUCAGGGCACCAGUAAUUAACGAAAUUCACGGCCUCGCCAACAGCAACGGUGCCCCAAUUCAGUACCGUGUGCGUGACGAGCCUUACCAAGUUCUUCGUGAGGUGACCCACCGAGUUCCCCAGCCCGUGCCUGUUCCCGUGCCACAAGCUGUGCGUGUACCAUAUCCUCAACCCUACCCAGUUCAAGUGCCAGUAGUAAGACAAGUGCCAGUACCAGUUGUUAAGAUCCAGCACGUCAAAGUCGACCGACCAGUGCCAUAUCCAGUUGAGAAGAUCGUGAAAGUACCAUUUGAAAAAGUCGUUGAAGUACCAGUUGACCACCCAGUACCUGUUGAGAGAAUCGUUGAGAUUCCUGUGGUAAAAUUAAUUAAAGUACCGGUGCCUAUUGUCAAGAAUUACCCCGUACCUGUUGUUAAGACCCUUCACCACAAAGCUGUCAGCCAUGGCCAUGGAUGGUCCAAGGGCUACGGACACGGCUCCAGCCAUGGUCACGGUCAUGGCCAUGGAUUGUCCCUGUGGUAG